AUGGAAAGGAUUUGGAGAGCUGAACAAGAUAAGCGAGAGAAAGACAUGGAGAAAAAAAUGGAGGAGUUGCUGGAAAAGUCCACAAGGUCUACAAGGAAGGCGACAGGCCUAAGAUAUGACGACCUGUGCAUGCACCCGGCUCUAGACCUAUCAGAAGGGUUUAAAACCCCAAAGUUUGAAAUGUUCAACAGGACAAGGAACCCCAAGGCACACCUUCGUUCAUACUGUGACCAGUUAGUCGGAGUAAAGAAGAAUGAACCCCUGAUCAUGCGAUUGUUCAGUCCUAGCCUGACAGGUUUCGGUUCAGCAUCGAGACUGUACCAGACCGCUACUACCUUGAGAAGGUCAAGCAAAAAUCAACGAAAAAUUACAGAGAAUUCACCAGCAGAUGGAAGGGACGAGGCAGCCCGCGUACAACCACCAAUGGGUGAGGGAGAGCUCGUUUCCGUACUCAUCAGGUCACAAGAGCCAUAUUUCUAUGAUAGGAUGUUGUCAAUGGCUGGAAGGCCGUUCUCUAAAUUGGUGAAAAUAGGAGAGGCCAUACAAGACAACCUCAAAUCUGGGAAGAUCGUCAGCAUCUUCAACAAAGCGUCUGGACAUGCUACUGCAGGGAUCUUCCCCUCUGGAACAGACAGUGGCUUCCCUCACACUCCAAGAACGUCCCAAAUUCAAAGUCUUAAUCGCCAGUCCGAAAGUUCCCAAGGCCGUGUUCAGAAUCUUGAUCCCAGCACCUAUGGUGACCCAGAUAGUAUAACAGAUUUUGUCGGACCCCAAAAAGAUGGUCACCGUGCAGACCGCAAUGACCCAAGGCAUGACCCAUGCAGGGAGGUGCUAGAAGGAGAAUGCUCAGAAAAGGGCGAUAACUGA